GCUCUCGGUUUUGGUGUACUCGACGUGUUUCGACACCCUUUUCGAUCUUUAAAGCGAACGGAUCAUAGCGGAAAUUCGACUGCCUGUUAUAUGCUCCAGCCAUCGGGAUUACUUUCAGUUAAUUUUUAAUGGGUCAUUGUUCAUAAUCUUUUCGAAGACUCUGUGAUUGUGGCACGUCAAAAUGUCCGGUUAUCCCGCAGGAGGCCACUACGAGGAGGGCUACGGCCACCACCAGGAACAUGGUGACUCCUACUACCAAGACGAACAUGGCCAGGCUUAUUAUGAUCAUGAAAAUUAUGGCGAUAGUUACUAUGAUAGAGGUAAUAGCAACUAUUAUAAUGCCGAGGGAGGUCAAGGAUAUCAACAGGAAGGCGGUUACUAUGAUGCUGGCCACCAAGACGACUACUACGGUGACCAGUACUAUGACCAAGGAAAUAAUGGUGGCAGGGGAAGACGUCGUGGCGACUCCGAAGAAGACUCCGAAACGUUCAGCGACUUCACCAUGAGAUCCGAGACUGCCCGGGCCGCCGAUAUGGAUUACUACGGCCGGGGGGAUGAGCGUUAUAACAGUUACGCCGACAGCCAGUACGGUGGUCGCGGCGGAUAUGGCGGUUAUCGCCCCCCAUCCUCCCAGGUCUCCUAUGGUGCCAAUCGAUCCUCCGGAGCCUCCACCCCCGUGUACGGCAUGGACUACGGCGGUGCUCUGCCUGCCGGCCAGCGCUCGCGGGAGCCCUUCCCGGCCUGGGCCUCGGAUGGGCAGGUGCCCGUCUCCAAGGAGGAAAUCGAGGAUAUCUUUAUCGACCUGGUCAACAAGUUCGGUUUCCAGCGGGACAGCAUGCGUAACAUGUACGACCACUUGAUGACACAGCUGGACUCCCGAGCUUCUCGUAUGACCCCCAACCAGGCUCUUCUGUCGCUCCACGCCGACUACAUUGGUGGUGACAAUGCAAACUACCGUCGCUGGUACUUUGCCGCUCACUUGGAUCUGGAUGACGCCGUUGGAUUUGCAAACAUGAAGCUCGGAAAGGCGGAUCGUAAGACGAGAAAAGCCCGUGCCGCGGCCAAGAAGGCUGCCCAGCAGAACCCCGAGAAUGUCGAAGAGAACCUCGAGGCUCUGGAGGGAGAUAACAGUCUCGAAGCUGCCGAAUAUCGGUGGAAGACGCGGAUGAACCGCAUGUCUCAGCACGACAGAGUGCGCCAAAUCGCACUUUACCUGCUGUGCUGGGGUGAAGCCAACCAGGUCCGUUUCUUGCCGGAAUGUAUCUGCUUUAUUUUCAAGUGCGCAGACGACUACUACAGCUCUCCCGAGUGCCAGAACCGGGUCGAGCCGGUAGAGGAGCUCACUUACCUCAAUGAGAUCAUCACGCCGCUGUACCAAUUCUGCCGUGAUCAAGGUUACGAGAUCUCCGAUGGCAAGUACGUUCGUCGCGAGCGCGAUCACGACAAGAUCAUUGGUUACGAUGAUAUGAACCAGCUGUUCUGGUACCCCGAGGGUAUCGAGCGUAUCUCUUUCGAGGAUAAGACUCGUCUGGUAGACGUUCCGCCCGCGGAGAGAUGGACCAAGUUGAAGGACGUGGACUGGAAGAAGGCCUUCUUCAAGACCUACCGCGAGACUCGUUCGUGGUUCCACUUGAUCACCAACUUCAACCGUAUCUGGGUCAUCCAUCUUGGUGCUUUCUGGUUCUUCACUGCUUACAACUCCCCGACUCUUUACACCCACAACUACCAACAACAGCUGAACAACAAGCCACCAGGCUCUUUUCAAUGGUCUUCUGUUGCUUUCGGUGGUGCCCUGGUCUCAUUCAUCCAAAUCAUGGCUACUAUCUGUGAAUGGCUGUAUGUUCCUCGCCGUUGGGCUGGCGCGCAGCAUCUCACCAAGCGUUUGUUCUUCCUCCUGGCUGUCUUCAUCGUCAAUCUCGCCCCCGGUGUUGUUGUCUUCGGAUUCAAGAAUACAAUUGGGGAGACCAUUGCUCUUGUCAUUGGUAUCGUCCAUUUCUUCAUCGCAUUGGCAACCUUCUUUUUCUUCUCCGUCAUGCCGCUUGGCGGUCUCUUCGGCAGUUACUUGAAGAAGCACGGACGUCAAUACGUUGCCAGUCAGACUUUCACUGCCAGUUUCCCCCGGCUCAGCGGUAAUGACAUGUGGAUGUCUUACGGUCUGUGGAUUUGCGUUUUCGGUGCCAAGCUGGUCGAAUCCUACUUCUUCCUGACCCUGUCACUGAAGGAUCCUAUUCGCAUUCUGUCUCCCAUGCGCAUCCACCAAUGUACUGGUGUCACUUACAUUCCGAACGUCCUCUGUCACGUUCAGCCUCAGAUUCUCCUCGGUCUAAUGUUCUUCAUGGACUUGACCCUCUUCUUCCUGGAUAGUUACCUGUGGUAUGUCAUCUGUAACACGAUCUUCUCUGUUGCCAGGUCUUUCUACCUUGGUGUCUCGAUCUGGUCGCCCUGGAGAAACGUGUUCUCUCGUCUGCCCAAGCGUAUCUACUCGAAGGUGCUUGCAACUACCGACAUGGAAAUCAAGUACAAGCCAAAGGUUCUCAUUUCCCAGGUGUGGAACGCCAUCAUCAUCUCCAUGUACAGAGAGCAUCUUCUGGCCAUUGAUCACGUCCAGAAGCUUCUCUACCACCAGGUCCCCUCCGAGGUUGAAGGCAAACGCACUCUUCGUGCCCCUACUUUCUUCGUCUCCCAGGAAGAUCAGUCUUUCAAGACCGAAUUCUUCCCUGCUGGUAGCGAGGCUGAACGCCGUAUCUCCUUCUUCGCCCAGUCUCUGUCCACGCCCAUGCCGGAGCCUCUCCCCGUUGACAACAUGCCCACCUUCACUGUUCUCAUUCCUCACUACGGUGAGAAGAUUCUGUUGUCUCUCCGUGAAAUUAUCCGUGAAGAUGAGCCUUACUCUCGUGUCACUCUGCUCGAGUACCUCAAGCAACUCCACCCCCACGAGUGGGAUUGUUUCGUCAAGGAUACCAAGAUCCUGGCUGAUGAGACUUCGCAAUUCAACGGUGACCAAGAGAAGAGCGAGAAGGAUGCUCAGAAGAGCAAGAUCGAUGAUCUUCCCUUCUACUGCAUUGGUUUCAAAUCCGCCGCCCCCGAGUACACUCUCCGUACCCGUAUCUGGUCCUCGCUCCGCUCUCAGACUCUGUACAGAACCAUCUCUGGUUUCAUGAACUUCAGCCGCGCCAUCAAGCUCCUGUAUCGUGUUGAAAACCCCGAAGUGGUCCAGAUGUUCGGUGGUAACUCCGAGAAGCUUGAGCGUGAGCUCGAGCGGAUGGCCCGCCGCAAGUUCAAGAUCUGUGUCUCCAUGCAGCGUUAUGCCAAGUUCAACAAGGAAGAGCGCGAAAACACCGAGUUCCUUCUGCGUGCCUACCCUGAUCUUCAGAUUGCUUACCUCGACGAGGAGCCUCCCACCGAGGAGGGCGAAGAGCCUCGCCUGUAUUCUGCCCUGAUCGACGGACACUGUGAGCUUCUCGACAACGGAAUGCGCAAGCCUAAGUUCAGGAUUCAGCUCUCUGGUAACCCAAUUCUCGGUGACGGAAAGUCCGACAACCAGAAUCACUCCAUCAUCUUCUACCGCGGUGAAUACAUCCAGGUCAUUGACGCUAACCAGGACAACUACCUGGAAGAGUGCUUGAAGAUUCGCAGUGUCCUUGCUGAAUUUGAGGAGCUGACCACCGACAACGUUUCCCCUUACACCCCUGGUGUUCCCUCUGCUAACACGACUCCGGUUGCCAUCCUCGGUGCCCGUGAAUACAUUUUCUCCGAGAGCGUGGGUGUCCUCGGUGACGUCGCUGCCAGUAAGGAACAGACAUUCGGUACUUUGUUCGCCCGUACUCUUGCCCAGAUUGGCGGAAAGCUGCACUAUGGUCACCCUGAUUUCUUGAACGGUAUUUUCAUGACUACUCGUGGUGGUAUCUCUAAGGCUCAGAAGGGUCUGCACCUGAACGAGGAUAUUUACGCUGGUAUGACCGUCUUGCUCCGUGGUGGACGCAUCAAGCACUGUGAAUACUUCCAGUGUGGUAAGGGUCGUGAUCUUGGUUUUGGCUCCAUUCUGAACUUCACCACCAAGAUCGGUACUGGUAUGGGUGAGCAGAUGCUGUCCAGAGAAUACUACUAUCUCGGAACCCAGCUGCCCCUCGAUCGCUUUCUGUCUUUCUACUAUGCUCACCCUGGUUUCCACAUCAACAACAUGUUCAUCAUGCUGUCUGUGCAGAUGUUCAUGAUUGUCCUCGUCAACCUGGGUGCCCUGAGACAUGAGACGAUCACCUGCAGAUACGACUCCAACUUGCCGAUUACCGAUCCUCUCCGCCCCACGUACUGUGCCGACCUGACGCCCAUCGUGAACUGGGUCAACCGCUGCGUUAUUUCCAUCUUCAUCGUCUUCUUCAUCUCCUUCGUUCCUUUGGCUGUUCAAGAACUGACUGAGAGAGGUGUGUGGCGUAUGGCGACCCGUCUGGCCAAGCACUUCGGUUCCUUCUCUUUCAUGUUCGAGGUGUUCGUCUGUCAAAUUUAUGCCAACGCUGUCCACCAGAACCUUUCCUUCGGUGGUGCUCGUUAUAUCGGUACCGGCCGUGGUUUUGCAACGGCUCGUAUCCCCUUCGGUGUGCUCUACUCGCGUUUCGCCGGUCCUUCCAUCUACGCCGGUUCUCGUCAACUUCUGAUGCUUCUUUUUGCCACCUCCACCGUUUGGACGGCGUCCCUGAUCUGGUUCUGGGUUUCACUGUUGGCCUUGGUCAUCUCGCCCUUCUUGUUCAACCCUCACCAGUUCGCCUGGCACGAUUUCUUCAUCGACUACCGUGACUACAUCCGUUGGCUCUCUCGUGGUAACUCCCGCUCGCACGCUUCCUCCUGGAUCGCCUUCUGCCGCUUGUCUCGUACGCGUAUCACCGGUUACAAGCGCAAGCUGUUGGGUGUUCCCUCGGAGAAGGGUUCCGGUGACGUUCCCAGAGCUCGCAUCUCGAACAUUUUCUUCAGUGAAAUCAUCGCUCCCCUGGUCGUCGUUGGUGUUACCCUGGUUCCUUACCUGUACAUCAACUCCAGGACCGGUAUCUCCAACGACAACAAGCACGCCUCUAACGCCAUUAUCCGUAUUGCCAUCGUUGCCUUCGGUCCGGUUGGUAUCAACGCCGGUGUUGCGGGUAUGUUCUUUGGCAUGGCUUGUUGUAUGGGUCCGCUCUUGGGCAUGUGCUGCAAGAAGUUCGGUGCUGUCUUGGCUGCUAUUGCCCACGCUAUCGCUGUCAUUGUUCUUCUGGCCAUUUUCGAGGUCAUGUUCUUCCUCGAGGGUUGGUCUUGGCCCAGAUGUGUCAUGGGAAUGAUUGCCAUGGCCGCCAUCCAACGGUUCUUCUACAAGCUCGUCAUCGCCCUUGCCCUCACAAGAGAAUUCAAGAAUGACCAGUCCAACAUCGCCUGGUGGACCGGUAAGUGGUACAGCAUGGGAUGGCACACUCUGUCCCAGCCUGGUCGUGAAUUCUUGUGUAAGAUCACCGAAUUGGGCUACUUCUCCGCCGAUUUCGUCCUGGGCCACAUCCUUUUGUUCGUCAUGUUGCCUGCGCUCUGCAUGCCUUACGUUGACAAGUUCCACUCGGUCAUUCUCUUCUGGCUGCGCCCUAGUCGCCAGAUUCGUCCUCCCAUCUAUUCCCUGAAGCAGUCCAAGCUUCGCAAGCGGAGAGUCGUUCGUUUUGCCAUCUUGUAUUUCACGAUGCUGGUUAUCUUCCUCAUUCUCCUCAUUGCCCCUCUUGUCGCUCGUAACCAGAACAUCAACUUGGGUUCGGCACUUCCCAUGAACCUCAUGCAGCCCAUCGACAAGGACAACAACGACACGAUUGCCAGUUAUACCGGACGGGGUCUUCCUGUUGGGUUCUCUGGCUGGACUCCCACCAACCCGGCGGCUACCAGCACUGGUUCGAGCUCGUGAGGUGUCUGAUGCCACAUCGAUUCUCAUUUUAUUUUCUUCUCUACCUUCUCUCAUUUUUGCGAAAAUGGAACAUGGAAACGAGCUGUAUA